AUGAUGAAUAUAAUGGUAAUGGAAGAAAGAAAACGGCAUUUUGUCUCGCGACUCAUUUCACACGGUUGGGCGUUGAAAUAUUUUAGAAAUGUUUGGUUGAAAGGAACGAGGAAAGUAAGAGAUGAUUGGCGGCAAACGAUACAACGAGAAAUGGGCGAAAUAAUAAGAGAUUGGUUGAGGACUCGUUUAGGAGUGAUAAUUGAAUUGAGUCCUGAGGUAUUUGGACAUUACGCGAAGGAUGGAACCCUACUGGCCAAAGUUCUUCACAGCUAUGACGUGAUAAACGACAGCCAACUGAGCACGCUAUUGGAAACUCAGGAUCCGGCAUUGGCGAGGGUGAAUUUGAAGCAUUUGAGGGUAUGGCUAAGAUUCGUGGGGGUCGAUUGCGACAACGAUUGCAUCGAGGACAUUUCGAACGGCAAAGGAACGAUGGCCCUACGACUAUUUUACAAAGUAUUCUUGUGUCUGGAGAACAAAGAUAGAUUGCACUUUAUAACGCUGCAAAAAGAGCGUGAAAAAUACAUACCGAGUUGUUCGAAAUUCGACGUGACAGUUGUCUCGGAAGAGCCGUUAACUUGGCAAUCGAGGGACCAACUGUUCACGGAUUCGUUGAAAAAAAGUGCGAGUUUGAUCGAUUGGCGGAAAAAAAAGUACCAGGACCUGGUGGACGGCUCGAAAAAACGCUUCGAUAAGUUUCGCUCCUCUCAAAAAGUUAACGAAAUUUUAGAGAGCCUGCAAACUUGCAGUAAUAAAAAGAAAAGCUCCGUAGGUAAAAAAGGCGAAUUAUUUUCGACCCCGGAAGUGUCCAGGGAGCUUGACGAGUUCGCGAAAAAACAUAGGGUGAAAAAAUCUCCGGAGCCCGGCGCUAGUGAUCCUUGCGAAGAUAUAUUUCAGUCUGAUAUGAAAGAGACGAGCCGAGCUCCGAUGAUCGAUCCGGAUGCAGCGAGAGCUUAUACGAAGGCCUUGAGAAAUAAACAUCGUCAGGAAGCGUUGACGAAGAGUUUUAAAACACGAAUGCAAAUGAAUCUUCUCGCGGAACUCUGGAAAAAAGUUCUGGACGAUCAAGAGAUGGAAUUCGACGAGAUAAUCGCUAAAAAAGUGCUUCAUCAGUCGCAGUACGAGAAGCAGCUUGUUAGAAAAUUGUGCGAGGUCCGAAGUGAAAAAUCAAGGAUGGCCACUAAUCGAAUGAUCGUUGAAAAACUAAUGGAGAAUACGAGAGAGAGCGAAUUGCGCUUGGAACAGGAAAGAGCUCGAGAAGUUAUGGUCCGGGAGAACGAGGAGGUCGAAGCUGAGCGUCGAAGAAUAAACGAGCUCGAACGUAAAAUCGAGGAACAAACGAAAUUUAAAAAAGAAGCGCAACUCGCUAAAUUCGGUGAAAGAAUAGUCCUCGAUCUUGUGGACAUGGCCAUUAAGACUGGGGAAUACAGGCGCGAGAGCAACGAAAUUCAAGUGCCGGAUGUUUUGUUGAACCAGUGGAAGGCACUUUUCUUAAAAAGUCAACCGAUCAUCGAGGUUAGCAGCCAACUUUUCACGAAGGACGAUCUUGAGGCGGACGAAGAGACACGCGAAGAAAGCUUGGUGGAAGACAACGACGCGAGAACACGAAUAUUGAACGAUGAGGAUUUUAAAAAUUAUCUACAUAUGAAAUUGCCGUGGAAAGAUUUCCUCCCAAAUGUUGACCAAGAAGUCGCUGAUUAUUUAAAUCUUGGUCUCGUUGUUCUUGGAUACAUUGUUCAUAAGACUCUCGAGAGUCUGUAUCCCCGGGAUCAAUCGGACCUAGUGGAAUCGUCACUUCCGGCAAUGAGAACGCGAGCCGUUGUCCUCGGAAUCCCGGAUUCUUUGCUUUACGAGCCGAUUCAACAACUUCUUGAAAACAGUAAAAUUCAACUAGUCCGAUUGGAAGAGGCGAUAAAUUAUUGCCUCGGAGCGUACAAAGCGGAAAUGCGAGAUUUCGAGUACAUAGACCUCGAAAUCAUAGCCGCGACGAGAGAAGUUGUCGGAUCGUCCUCAAUUCCAUCCGAGGAUACUACAAGCGGAAAGAAAGGAAGAAAGGAUGAAAAAUCUUCACUCGGAAAGCGAAAAACUGCUGCGUCGUCGAUUGAAAAAUUAGAAAUAACGAGAACGGGGGUUGACAAAGUGACGCAGACACCGCGAGUUAUUCCUCACGAGGACAAGGAUCCGUCCCUGGGGAACGCGGCUUAUAUUGGAAAAUGGAUACAUGAAUUUUUGACCCUGGGCGAGCCUCUUUCGGACGAUUUGAUCUCGAGGACGAUCGUGGAAUAUUUGAAGGGGGCUUCGGAGGAGCGAAUCGAAGGCUUCGUUCUCGUUAAUUAUCCCAACACUUAUCAUCAAAUGAGCUCUCUGGAAUAUGCUCUGAGCGGUAAAAUAUUGCCGGAACGUUUAAGAAAAACAUCGGACAAAAUGGAGAACACGAACGUUGAAGAAAUCGCUUCGAUCGUUUCGAGAAUUACUUUCGAAGAGGACGACAACGAUUCAGAGAGUUCACGGUUCGAAUCGAGGCUCGUACCAAAUCCCGCUAAACCUCAAUGCACCCUGGGCCGUUCUUGUUUGACGGGAUUCGUGAGAAUAAAACCUAAGCCCGACGUUUCGAUGGAAAAUUAUGGCAUCGGCGUCGAUGACGACGAUGACAUCUGGGAAAUUCUUUCCGAGAACGCAAAUGCGGUUGAUGAGUUUUACGCCGAUCAGGAAAUAGCCUCGAUCCUUUAUUACACGAUAUUCGAUCUUGCGACUCUGAAGAAACUCGUGAGACUCGUUAUUGCUGAAAAAAACGAAUUAAUCUCAAGAAUUCCCUCUCAAGAAUUAUUCGGCGAUCAUCUCAACUAUUUCGAGGGAAGAAGCAAUGAUUCUUCGACCAGCAGAGCUCCCAUAGUGAAGAGGUUAUUGAAAUGGACGGCAGGUGAAAGUUCUCUAGGAGAAAGUCGAUCUUCGGACUCGGUCGAAUCGCGACAAAUCGAAAUGCCGUUUCGAAGAUCAAAAAUUGGCUCUCAACCGUUGCCAGGGGAAAUAAUGUGGCCUUGGUCAAAUAUUCCUCAACCUCUACAAUUCUUACAGAGCCUUGCGAAUCUUUGGAAAAAACUCGAAACUCGCUACAUCGAGAAUUUAAAAGAAAUAUUCCAUUUAAAGAGAAUGAAUUUCGGUGGCAUCGUUCCUUACAAGGAUUUCGUGAUGAGACACAUGAUGGAAUUUAUCGACAGGCCGGACAAAAAGCAAGAUUGUUUGCAUCAGUUUCAUCGAGCCUUCAACGAUAUUGAUGAUCAAAUUCGUGAUAAUGUGGACGUGAAGAAAGAGCUUCAUUGCAGAAUCGAUGAUUUUCAAACAAAGCUCUGGGACAUUUGCGACUCUCGAAGGCGAGAAGCUCAGGAUGAGAGAAUGAGAAUAAUCAUGGAACAUUGGCUGACUCUCGAAAUGAUCAACGUUUCGAACGUUUACAUUGACAUUUUACAAGCUGAAAUUGAUCGUUGCAGCGAUACCCUCCAAUUCAUAAAUGAUUAUUACACCUCUGCAUUGCAACGUCCGCUUGUGGACGUUCGUUUCAGCCCAACAUUGAGAAAAAUUUUGCUCGUAGAUGAAACAUCCGAUUCGAGGCAUGAGACUGUCCUCGUGGAAAAUGAUUCAACGAAGAAUCAUCGGGGAAGAGAUCGAUCGAAGGACCCGUCGAUGAAAAUAAGCUUACCAAACAUUUCCGAGGCUCCGUCCCCUCCCACAGAAGAAUUAUUCAAAGAAGAAACCUUAAAAGUCCUCGUUCACGGGAAUCGGGAACCUUUUUAUCCGGCUCAGACUCUUUCUUAUAAGGCGAUCGAGGCAAAUAUUCGGUACGUUGAAAAAAUUCUCGAAUCUCUGGCGUCUCGAAUUUUGGACAAUUUGAAGAAGGAAGAAAGCAGCGACGUUCGCUCAUCCUCGAGAAAAGCUUCGGGCUCAAGGAAGAGUGGGCAAGAGAUUGAAAAUAAACAAUCACAGAAUUUGUUUCUCGAGUGGCGUUACGCUUUCAUGUACGAAAUCAAUCGCAUUCGUGUUCGGUUGAAGAUGUUGGAUGCCUCGUCGAGACACGACAUUAAUUAUUUGAUCGAUGCUGUGCGACGCGUUUUCUCAGAUAUUCAAAAUAACAUACUCGAGCGUUAUAACAGAGAAAUUAAGAGCGUCGACGAAAUGGCCACCGUCUUCCGUUUCGCCGUCGAAGAGGCCACGCCUAUCCAAGAAGAAUUGUUGCUCGAUGCCGAUCGUUUUAUCGUGCGAUCCAACGUUCUUAUGUUUCCUGAUGGACCGCAAGUUACCCACCGUCGCCACCGCCGUUCUUCCAUCCGUCAACAUUCUCUCCCAUCAAGAUUUACUAUUCCAAUGUUGUCUCGUCUCGUGGAGAUAUUUCGUCGGGCAGCGCCUUCUGGAAUCAUGUCGGAACGUUCUUUCGUGUAUAUACUUCAGGAUUUGUUGGUUUUUGAGACGAACGGAGACGGAGCCCUACCCUCUUAUUGGUCGAAGCUUCGUGCGUGCGAGGUCGGGAGACUCGUAAACGAAUUGUUCGGAAACGAGGACUCUAUUGAUUGGCGUGAAUUCAUUAUUUACGCGACAGAUAUCGAAAUGCCGAGUGUCGAUGAGAUUCUUAACGACUUGCGAUCUUUGAGGCGGAUCGAUGACAAAGCUCAAGAAUUCGUUAGUCGUCAAGAUUUUCUUUCCAUCAGACUUUGGUUCUGUGCUAACAGGGAGAACCCUGCUCGAGUCGACUUAUCGGAUGGUUCUUUGCAACGCUAUACAGAGUCUGAGGAGGAUGGAAUUGCUCCAAUGAAACUCGGUAGACAUUCCGAUUUACAGAACAAUUGGGAUAUUAAGGAAAAUGAAAUGAAUCCGGACGAAGCUCUGCGACCUGAGAUGCUUAAGCAAUUACUCUGUGACGUAUUUUCUUACGACAACGAAAAAGUCAACUACGUUGCUUUCCUGAUGGCCUUCUGCAAGGAUGAAAAACCCGAAGUUGGAUUUGGCAAAGCUUUGUGUCUCGCGAUCGGUGAUAAAGUUUGUAUCGACUGGGAGGAGGGUGAAAGGUACGUGAGAGAAUUCAUCGAGGAUCAACGAAGAUCCAUUUCGACAAAAUCGACCGGAAGUGAUAAUCGAUGCGAAGCCACACUGGUAUCUACAGCUGUUUUGGACCAUCUUCUCGAAAGUGUUUUUCGAUUAGCUGCACCUAAUUUCGGAGAGUCUGUGAAAAACAACGACCCAUGGCCGACGGAAGAAAAUAGAAAUUCUCGUCAUCGACUAAUGACGAUUGAAAAUACUAGCCCUUCCGGAAAGUCUUUCGUUGCCGAAAACGUUCGUCUCUCGGAGAGCAAAGUUUCGAUUUCGGUUCACAGCGAGGACACAGAAAGAAAAAAUCGGGGUUUAUCGGUCACGAUAAGUGUGCCGGAAAAAGAGAAUGAGUCCGGAAAAGCUUCUCAGAGUACCGAAAACGUUGCGGUUCAUUGGCUUCAUUUGCAAGUCUUCCAUUCAGUUUUUGCUGCCGUGUUGCAAAGUCACGCGGCUCAAGAGAAUCUCCUGGGCAGUGGCAGAAGUCUUUACGAAAAUCUCGAGCUUGUCUACCACGAACUUGGAGGGAAAGAAACGACCGAUGACCCCGAAGUGAUGAUUCUCUCGCAUAAAUUUAUUCAUCAUGAGUUUGUGAAAAAAUUGCUCGCGGAUUCUAGCAAAUUCACUACGAAACACUUGGGAAAUAUAAUUAAAGAAAUUAUGACUCAUCGUUAAAA